AUGUCAGACAGCAUCAACCAACCUCCAGAUGCAGUGAUGGAGGUGAAUGAAGAUCUAGACGCCACGGUGGAGGACGAAAUCAACCAUGAUGUGCCGCAAGCUGAUGCCAUGAACCUGGACGGCGCAACGGACGCAGAGCCGACCGCGGUAAACGGUGUCACAGACGAGGCGGUCACCUUCGAAGCACGCAUACCAGCGAAGAAGGAUGCCACGCUGCGGGAAUUUCUGGGCAAGAUGGACGAAUAUGCUCCCAUCAUACCUGAUGCCGUUACGAAUUACUACCUGACGCGCGCCGGGCUGCCACCGCCUCCCCAGACGUCUCCUCAUUUAGCUCGUCUUCUUGCACUGGCAACUCAAAAGUUCAUUGCGGAUAUUGCUGCCGAUGCGUAUCAGUUUUCGAGGAUCCGGUCUUCCAAUACUACAAGCAACAAUCCCAUGGGCGGAUUAGGAGGUACGAGUGGACCGCCUGGUGCAGCAGUACCUGGUGGUCCCCAGGGCGGGAAGGAUAGCGGAUCCAAGGCCAAAGACUACAACCUUGGGAUCCAACGACCAGGUUAUGGUGGCGGUGGCCAGGGGGGCAGUCAAGGUCGAACAGUCCUGACCAUGGAAGAUCUCGGAAUGGCCGUCGGUGAUUAUGGCGUAAAUAUCAAGCGGGGCGAGUUCUAUCGGUGA